GGAGCUUCAGACACGGCGAGAGAAACGCGCAGCGUCCAGGAGAACUGAAGAGACAAAGGGCUGUCUCGCACACUCACUCUGAGGGUCUGAAGGACACGACCUGGCCGUCCCUGCAACCGUAUGGCCAUUUUUGUUUUAUUCUCUUAAAACGAGCUCGAUAACACUGGAACGACUAGCUUUGGGUUUGGGAAGGAAAUCUGUGAAUCUGACUGUCUGAGGCGCGUCCGGAUGAAUUGAUAACCAUUUAACACACAGCCUCCAAGCAACGUAUUCUAGUUAAGUUGCAUAUGUUCUGCUGCAGAGCAGACAGAGGUGGAGAAAAACCUCAGGUGUUGGAAAGCAUCAAGACAAGUUUUUGUACCCAUCAGUUGUUGCGCAAAUUGCUAGACGGAAGGAUUCGCUCAUCUGUGUUCGGACUGUUCAUCUGUGAUGAGACUGACGAAAAUCCACAUCCACAACUUUGGGCUCGGCUUUGUGAAACUCAAAUAAACAGAUGAGUGAAGACAGACCGUGUGUUUCAGCACCCGAGCUGCUGGACAGCGUCUGUGGAGAGUUUCCUGCAUCUCUGCUUUCAGCCCCAACGAGGAAUCAUGUAUCGUUAUACCGUUUUAGAAAAUAAAUAAACGAUCCCUUCUCUUUAAACUACGCUUUAGUCCGAAAUGCUGGAACGCAGGUAAUGAGAAGAGAGGAGAAAUCCCUGUAUGGUAAAAUAUAGGAUAAAAUGUCUGCUCUUCGUAAGAAAUUUGGAAGCGACUAUCAGGUAGUGACCACCACAUCUUCCAGCCAUCAGAAAGACAAGAGAAGGAAACGGCAGCGAUUUGUCGACAAGAAUGGACGAUGUAACGUCCAGCAUGGAAACCUGGGUGGAGAGACUAGCAGAUAUCUCUCAGAUUUAUUCACAACUUUAGUAGACCUCAAAUGGCGAUGGAACCUCUUUAUCUUCAUCCUCACAUACACAGUAGCCUGGUUGUUCAUGGCUUCAAUGUGGUGGGUCAUUGCAUACAUCAGAGGAGACCUGAACCGAACCCACGAUGAGAAGUACACGCCAUGUGUUGCCAAUGUUUAUAACUUUCCCUCUGCUUUCCUUUUCUUCAUUGAGACAGAGGCCACUAUAGGAUAUGGUCACAGAUACAUCACAGAUAAAUGUCCAGAAGGAAUCAUUCUCUUCUUGUUUCAGUCCAUCUUGGGCUCCAUAGUGGAUGCCUUUUUAAUAGGUUGUAUGUUUAUUAAGAUGUCUCAACCCAAGAAGAGGGCAGAGACUCUGAUGUUUAGUGAAAACGCAGCAAUCUCCAUGCGUGAUGGCAAACUCACAUUGAUGUUCAGGGUGGGAAAUCUGCGCAACAGCCACAUGGUCUCAGCCCAGAUCCGGUGUAAAUUACUCAAGUCCCGACAGACGCCCGAGGGUGAGUUCCUCCCCCUGGAUCAGCUGGAGCUGGAUGUGGGUUUUAGCACCGGAGCGGACCAACUCUUUCUCGUGUCACCACUCACAAUCUGUCAUGUGAUCGACAACAAGAGCCCCUUCUAUGAGCUCUCACAGCGAUCCAUGCAGACGGAACAGUUCGAAAUUGUCGUGAUUUUGGAGGGUAUUGUUGAAACAACUGGCAUGACUUGUCAAGCGCGGACGUCAUACACAGAGGAUGAGGUGCUGUGGGGCCACAGAUUCUUCCCAGUCAUCUCUCUGGAGGAGGGCUUCUUUAAAGUUGAUUAUUCUCAGUUCCAUGCCACAUUUGAAGUUCCUACACCUCCCUACAGUGCGAAAGAGCAAGAUGAGGCGUUGCUCAUGUCCUCUCCACUCAUGGCCCCAUCUCUGUGCAACAGCGGAGAGAAGAACAGCUCCCUGGACUGCUUGGAACUGCUGGAGGAUUCAGAGAGCACGAACAAAUUACCAGCCAAGGUGCAGAAGAUGACAGGUAGAGACGGGCUGCCCAGGAAGCUCCUGAGAAUGAGCUCCACCACAUCAGAAAUGACAUACAGCCUUGGCGAACUGCCCAUGAAGCUCCAACGCAUCAGUUCUGUGCCUGGGGUCUCAGAGGAAAAGCAGGUUACCAAGACAACUAAGAUUGCCACAGAGGCCAUCAGCAAAUCGGUUGCGGACUUGCCACCGAAACUGCAAAGACUGGCUGGGGGAGGAGGCCGCAUGGACGGACACCUGCCCCCCAAACUCCGAAAGAUGAACUCUGAUCGCUUCACAUAGAAGAACUUUCUUCUUUAGCUGCUGUCAAAAGGGCCCUCAUAUAAUUUGAGAAGUUUAGCAUGUAUAUAGAGACAGAUACACCUUAUAUGCAUUACUAAUGAAGUAGGUUAUCAUACUUCAGAAACGUCUGUUCCUGUGGUGGCUUCAUAUGCAGUGAACAGACUCUUUCAGGUUGUUGUUACCACAAGCACAAUCUGGUAUGGAUGACACCCUCAAGAGCAUGUUAAAAUAUCUCUCCCUUUGAUAGCAUGACAAGCUGUAUAUAUUUAUUUGCCAAGGAAAUGUUACCAAAUAUUCAUUUUUCCAAGCUAUAUGGUGGCAUAGCGGGCAGUUCGUCCUGUGUGGCUAAUUAGGAGCUCAGGUCACACAGUUGCGUUACCAUUAUAUCAUUAUACCUGUUCACUGAGCUUAUGUUACGAUGCAUGUUUAACUUAAGAAAGGUGAUAAAUAGAUGUUUAGAAUAACAUACACUAAUUAAUUGUUUUAGUGUUUCAGUAUUUAUUUAUUUUUUCUCCAAAGCAUGGUUGCUAACUGAUAGAUCAGUAAUGCCAAUAAUCCUCUUAGAUCAAAAACAUAAUUAGUUAAGUAAUUAUUUAUAAUAAUAAAGCUACUGGAUACAGAACAAACAUUACUGAAAAUUAUCAAUGAAUACUUGACUAUGGUAAGCAUUUUAUGGCUUUUAUAUUUAUUGAGAACAUUAGAAAAGGGGGGAAAUAGAAAAAUCACUUUGGAAAAUCUGUCACCUCCUUCAUAACAGUUCACCCAGUAAUGCCCCCCUCCUCCCUCAAGUGGUUUGAAUACUAUCUUUUAUUUUAAAUAAGAAGAUGCUCCGCAAAAAGUUGAUGCUGUACUUUUUAAAAGAAUGGAUGCAGAAAGAAUAAAAUAAAAUAAAUAAAUACAUAACAUUGGUAAAAACAUAUUUUCAAUAGGUCCCAUUAGUUAACAUUAAUUAAUGAAUUAACUAACAAUUAAUAAUACAUGUGUUGCAGUAUUUAUUGACCUUUGUUAAUGUUAGUUUUGUAACGAUAAAUGAUUUUCAUGUAUUACUAAAAGUUUAAAUUAAAAUGAAAAUCAACUAAGAUUAAUACAUGCUUUAGAAGUAUGUUUAACUGUAGUUAGGUAACAUGAAAAACAGUGAAAAAUACUUCUGAAGCAUUUAAUAAUCUAAGUCUAGUGGAGCAUUUUAUUGUAAAGUGAUACCAAACAGUCUAAAAGAAUGUACACUAUAUUCCAAGCUGAAAAUGUUCUUCUUUUUCAUAGUUUGAAAUUACACAAGGACAGAAUUUUCUUCUUUGGACUAGCUAUCCAUUUUACUGUAACAGCAAUACUGAAUGGUUGAUGAAUUCCAAAUAUGUGUAACCAUUUAGCAAACUGAUCUUGUUUAAACCUGCAACAUCAAAUUAUACACAUUUUAUUAAAGGUGAA